AAACACUCGAUUCCCUUUCCGUAGCUUGUAUUCACAUCAUAUUCCAGAACCAAUUCACUCAAAAUGUCUUCUCAGCAGAUGAGCAGGGAUGCUAAGGCCAAUGCCCAGAGUGCUAUGGAUUCGGCCAAGGACAACGCAAACUCUGCACAAGAAAAGGCCUCCAACGCUGCGAGUUCAGCACAAGAAAAGGCCUCCAAUGCCGCGAGUUCUGCACAAGAAAAGGCCUCCAAUGCUGCCAAUUCUGCACAAGCAAAGGCAUCCAACGCUGCCAGUUCAGCACAAGAAACGGCCUCCAACGCAGCUAAUGCUACAAACGAAAAGGCCUCCAACGCUGCCAAUGCUGCAGCUGAACAGAAGGACCAGGGAGCUAAUUGGAUCCAGCAGAAGUCAGAACAGAUUGGGAGUGCAGCUCAGGGCGCACUAGACGGAGUGAAGAACACUCUUGGAGUGGAUCAGAAGAAGUGAAGAGAUCAAAAGCACAAUAAGUGAUCUACCUGUCAUGACUGAAAUGACUUGAUGCAUGAAGUAGAUGUUCUUAUACAUAUUUAUAUAUUUAUUAGUAGGAAAAAGCUUCCUAUCCAUUCUUUGCAUUUGUGAAGAUAUGCAUAGGCAAUCUGAUGUACAGAUAUAUAUAAUUUUGUUUUUUGUUUAAGAAUGCUGAGACCCUCAUUCGAUGAAUGUAAUAAAUAUUAGA